AUGGUGUUCAAGGCUUUCAUCACCUUCCUGGCGAUGGUCGUCCGGCCUACGUUUGGAACUUGGACUGUAACACAGCAUCUCAUUGUUCGCAAUAUCACUACAGGCAUACUACCAGACUACAUUGUGGAGAGCACCGUCUACCCCACGGCGUCUGUUUCCCCGAUAUCCACCUCGACCAAUGUGAGAGUUGAAUACCUUGUUGCCACGCAAAAUGGUUUCGGACGCGCUGUGAUCAACGUUACAACCAGCUAUCUUAUGCUCCCUACGGAACCAACCAAUCUCCCUAUCCUGACUGUUCCGCCAACAACCACUGCAAGACCUUCCAUCAAGACAAACUAUUACAUUCCGGUGACCGUGUCCAACCCGCAAACCUGCACCUUAACCGACUUUACCUACACAGAUACCAUCGGAAUUAGUGUACCAAGCUCGCUGGUCCCGCGCGCAACCGAGUCCGAUUUAGCUCUGCUCGUCACAACCUAUGAGUCUACUAUCAGUACCAACUUAGGUGGCCAGCCCGUCACAACCUCCAUAUGUGACGUGUAUUUCAAGUCAGACGCCGUCCCAGUGGCCGAUGAUGAUAUCGGCGUCAACAACGGAGGUUUUCUGUCCGAGUGUGAUCUGCUGGGUGUGUUGGACCUUACCCUCCCACAGCUGGGCGCAAUCAGGCCUCAACAACGAAGGUUGACCAUAACGCUGGGCCAACGGAGACAGGGGGAGCAAGAAGCUGGAGAAGCGAAAUGGGGUGCUUGA